AUGGCAAACCUGUAUCGGCGGUAUGGUGUCCACCUGUCCGUCGUUGGCAACAGGGCUUUCUUGUUUGAACUACAGCUGGGGCUUCGUGUACGGACUAGUCAUUACCAACAUGUCUUGGCCAUGGCAUUUGCUGUGAAGGAAAUCAAUGAAAACCUCCAUCUCUUGCCCAAUGUCACUUUGGGCUUCCAUAUCCGUGACAGUUUCAUGAAUGAACGAGAGACCUAUCGUGCUACAAUACAGCUUCUCUCUGCAAAGAACAGAUUUAUUCCCAACUACAAGUGUGACUUCCAGAACAAUCUGAUAGCAGUCGUUGGAGGAGCUGAUGCAAAAACUUCUCUCUACAUAGCAACUGUGCUAUCCAUCUACCACAUUCCUCAGCUCGCCUACAGUUCCACAUCAUUAAUGAAUGAAACCUUCUCAGGACUUUCCAUUUAUCGAAUGGUCCCAAAUGAAGCCCAGCAGUACAAGGGGAUCCUGCAGUUAAUUCUGCAUUUCAGAAGAAUGCUGAAGAGGAAGAAAUAUAACCUCUUCCAUCAACCGUUAUGGCAGCUUCAUGGCUUUCUGAGAAGCAUCUCAUUUAAUAACAGUGCUGGGGUGACAAUUUCAUUUGAUACCAGUGGAGAAGUCACAACAGGGUUUGAUAUUAUGAACUGGCUUGCUUUCCCAAAUCGAUCCUUUUUUAAAGUGAAAAUUGGAGAGGUUCAUCUAGAAGCUCCUGCAGACCAAAUGCUUACCAUUAAUGAAGAGAGGAUCACCUGGAACAGCUGGUUUAACAAGACACAGCCCCUUUCUGUCUGCAGUGAAAGUUGCCAUCCAGGUUCUAGGAAGCAAAUGAUUGAAGGGGAGCAAUUUUGCUGCUAUGACUGCAAACAAUGUCCAGAAGGGAAGAUUUCUAAUCAGAAAAAUUUGGAUGACUGUACCCAAUGCAGACAAGAUCAUUAUCCAAAUGUGGGACAAAACCAAUGCAUUCCCAAAGAUGUAGCUUUUUUGUCUUAUGAAGAGCCACUGGGGAUCACUUUGGUGACUUUUGUCUUUUCCUUUUCUUUCAUCACUCUUUUGGUGCUAGGAAUCUUUAUAAAGCACCACAGCACCCCCAUUGCCAAAGCCAAUAAUAGGAACCUCACCUAUUGCCUUCUGAUCUGCCUCCUCCUUUGCUUCCUUUGUGCUUUGCUUUUUAUUGGUCAACCACAACUGGUGUCCUGUCUCCUCCAACAAGUCAUUUUUGCCAUGGCCUUCUCAGUUGCCAUUUCUUGCGUGCUGGCAAAAACUGCCAUGGUGGUUCUGGCUUUCCUAAGCAUCCAACCAGGAAGCAGUCUGAAGAACUGGGUGGGGAAAAGAAUGGGAAAUUCUAUUAUGACUUUCUGUUCCUUUUUCCAAGCAGUCCUUUGUUUUGCGUGGCUGGCCAUUUCUCCACCAUUUCCAGAUGUUGACAUGCACUCAGAGGCUGAAGCAAUUGUCCUGGAAUGCAAUGUAGGGUCUGUCACCAUGUUUUACUGUGUUCUGGGCUACAUGGGCUUCCUGGCCAUUGUGAGCUUUGUGGUAGCUUUUUUUGCCAGGAAGUUACCUGACAGUUUUAACGAAGCCAAAUUUAUCACGUUCAGUCUGUUGGUCUUUUGUAGCGUUUGGAUAUCUUUUGUUCCCACCUACUUGAGCAUCAAGGGGAAAUCCAUGGUAGCUAUGGAGAUCUUCUCCAUCUUAGCCUCAAGCGCUGGCCUUCUGGGUUGCAUCUUUGCCCCCAAAUGUUACAUUAUUUUGCUGCGGCCUGAGUUGAACAACAGAGAACAUCUGAGAAGAAGAAAAGAAUAA